CCACCACGCUUGGUCACUACACAAACCUCCUUCUCUCUUUGGCAAUGGCGGUACGCGACCAGUACACAAGAUCUACCAAGCUUUUUGGUUUCGGUGCUAUUUGCGGUUUAGCAGGCGCACAACGAACUGUACCGGUAAUGAGGCGAGUGUUGUUAGGCCGCCUGCUGAUCGUUUUCCUGGUCCAUGGAUGCACGGCAAGGGAUGAAAGGUAAAAUGGGGAAAGCGUGGUUUGCACGCGGUAUGUAUAUAUGGCUUGCUCCCGGUUUGAAGGGUUGAUUGACCGUCGGUUCGCGUUGCUCCUCUUCCUCGAGUUGUUGUCGUUUGAGCAGUUGCGAUUGGGCUGUGAGUUGGAGAUUGUUAUUCUUCCGUCACACUCCGUGUCUUCCUCUCCGUCGCCAGCAUGCGGUCCUCAGCAUCUAUCGCGGCGGUGGCCCUUGCGCUAUUGCAGGGCACCAAUGCCAUGAAUGCGGCCAUUCAACGCAAGUUUAACCUGCUUGCCGAUAUGGGCAUGAACCCUGAUGGCACGCCAAUGGCCACACUCGACAACCCCGAGAUUGAUUUCACAGCUCUCAAGUCCCUCAAGGUUGCGACUACAGCCGACAGCACGGUCGUAGCUGCCGCCAAAGCGGAAACCAUCACCCCGGAAUAUGUCGAACUCCCCAUUGACAACUUCGCUCAGAAGAAGAACCAGGAUUAUUCCUACCAAGGCACCUUCUUCAACAGGUACUGGGUUGCCACGAGCGGGUACAAAGCCGGUGGUCCCGUCUUUGUCUACGACGUGGGUGAGGCGAACGCAGAGCCAAAUGCUCUCUUUAGGUUGCAAAACGAGACAAGUUUCUUCAAGCAGCUUGUGGAUGAAUUUGGCGGCAUUGGAAUCGUAUGGGAGCAUCGCUUCUAUGGAAACUCGACACCUACGCCCAUCGACGUUAACACGCCACCCGAGGCGUUCGAGUUCCUGACGACGGAGCAAUCGCUGGCAGAUGUUGAUCGCUUUGCAAAGCAGUUCAAGAGGACGGGUAUCAACGCUACACUUACACCCGACAAGACGCCGUGGGUUUUCGUGGGUGGUUCGUACCCCGGCAUGAGGGCCGCUUUUAUGCGUAACAUGUACCCCGACACUAUUUACGCGUCCUGGGCCUCCUCAGCCCCCGUUGAGGCUUCCGUUGACCAGAGUUUCUACUUUGACCCUGUGUGGCGCGGUAUGAACGCAAAGGGUUUCGGAAACUGCUCUGCCGAUAUCCAGGCUUCCGUCCGCUACAUGGACAAGAUCAUGGAUUCUGACCAGAGUGCAGCUGCGAAGCUGAAGGAGCAAUUCCUUGGUCUUGGAGCUGCGAAGAACUCGCAUGCUACUUUCGCUGAUGCGCUCACCACCAUCUUCUACGUAUGGCAGUCUUACGGUAUGGAAGGUGGAGCGGCGGGUCUGCGUCGCUUCUGCGAUUUCAUCGAGACGGAUCCCAAGACGAAUGUUACUGCACCCAAGGAGGGCUGGGCGAAGAGCAAGGGUGCCAAGUGGACCACGGACCGAUGGGCGAGCUUCCCUGCUUUCCUUCCCAAUGUCAACAGCUAUCUUGAGACGGAGUGCUCAGGAAAGCUCAACACAACUGGUGAUUGUGAUUUGAACCGCAAGUUCACGGAUCCGGCGAUGAUUAGCUGGACGUGGCAGUACUGCACACAGUGGGGAUAUUUCCAAUCCGCCAACCUUGGCCCUCAACAACUCGUCUCAAAGUACAACUCUCUCCAACACCAACACGACAUCUGCCACCGCCAAUUCCCUGAUGCUCCACGUUCCCUCUUCCCAGACUGGCCAAACACUUCGCGCACCAACAAGGUGUUCGGAGGCUGGGACAUCCGCCCUUCAAACACGUACUGGUCGAACGGUGAAUUUGACCCGUGGCGCACCCUAUCCCCUGCUUCUGCUGAGCCGUUCGCCCCCAAGGGCGUGCAGGUCAUUCAGGAUGUACCCAAGUGUGGAAAGAAGACUAGCAAGCAUGAGUUGUUUGGGCUGGUGCUGAGGGAUGCGGAGCAUUGCUUUGAUUUUAGGACGACGGGUGUUACGGUCGCAGAUGGACCGGUCAGCCAACGCUUGUUCAGGAGUGCACUGACGAGCUGGUUGCCGUGUUACAAGCCGAAGAAGGGGCACUCGAAGCCGUGGAAGGGGUAGAGAUUGGACGUGGGGAUGGCGGUUGUUAGUGGGAGUGGAGGCUGAGAGCUAGACUACCCAACACGCUCCGACACGCGUAUGAUCUCAAGACGUCCUUGAGUAGCUGUAUAGACGUAUCCAUUAAUCAUGUCAUCUGAGAAUUCUUAAAGUGCGAUCUUCGGUGAUUGCAGAAUCUUGACCAAAAGUGAUAUCCUGCGAAACCUUUGAAGGAGUGAUGCAAUGGAGUUUCAUAGUUUUGGUACGGCUCUUGAAUGUCUUCCUAAAUCUUGCUCCUUCUUCUCCCUCUCCCUGUCGUUUAGCCGAGCCUCCCACUCCCACACCUCCCC